GGCGAUCGCGGCGCCGCUCUGCGGAGGCUGCUCCCGCCGCUCAUUCCGCCCCUGGCUCCGCGGCUGCAGCUGCCUGGCGCGUCCCGUCCCGUCCCGUCCCGUCCCGUCCUCGGUCCCUCCUCGCCGGCUGCCGGGCGGGGACGUGGCCGCGGCUCUGCGCCUGCCUGCCCGGCCCCAUCGCCCGCAGGUUUUGAACAGUACCUGAACAGAAGUAAGAGUCAAGAACUGUCUUUGGAGACAGGAAUAAAUAGUAACCAUGACAACAGAGACUGGCCCAGAUUCUGAGGUGAAGAAUGCCCAAGAGGAAACUCCACAGCAACAGCUGGAGGCUGCAGCAAGUGGGCCGACCCCAGUGACCAGCAGCCCUGGACCAACAGCCAACAGCCAGGAAGCUGAGGCCAAUGAAAAGCCCAGAGCCCACUCAGACUCCAGAAAUGCAGAGCCGGGUGCAGACAUGGAAGAAAAGGACUACAGUGAAACAGAUGGGAUAUCAGAGAAAACAACGCCCAGCAAGACCCAGAAGUCACCACAGAAAAUCACCAAGAAGGCCAAGAGUGCCCUCUGCAGAGUGACCCUGCUUGAUGCCUCGGAGUAUGAGUGCGAAGUGGAGAAGCAUGCCCGGGGUCAGGUGCUCUUCGAUAUGGUGUGUGAGCACCUCAACCUGCUGGAGAAGGAUUACUUUGGCCUGACAUUCUGUGACUCAGACAGCCAGAAGAACUGGCUGGACCCCUCCAAGGAAAUCAAGAAGCAGAUCCGCAGUGGCCCCUGGAACUUUGCUUUCACUGUUAAGUUCUACCCCCCUGACCCUGCCCAGCUCACCGAGGACAUCACAAGGUACUACCUAUGUCUGCAGCUGCGAGCUGACAUCAUCACAGGGCGCCUGCCAUGCUCCUUCGUCACACACGCCCUGCUGGGCUCCUAUGCCGUGCAGGCAGAGCUGGGAGACUAUGACUCUGAGGAACAUGUGGGCAAUUAUGUCAGUGAGCUCCGCUUCGCGCCCAACCAAACGAAGGAGCUGGAGGAGAGGAUCAUGGAGCUGCACAAGACCUACAGGGGCAUGACACCUGGUGAAGCAGAGAUUCACUUCCUGGAGAAUGCAAAGAAGCUCUCUAUGUACGGUGUUGACCUGCAUCAUGCCAAGGAUUCAGAGGGCAUUGACAUCAUGCUGGGCGUCUGUGCCAACGGCCUCCUGAUCUACAGAGACAGGCUGCGGAUAAAUCGCUUUGCCUGGCCCAAGAUACUCAAGAUUUCCUACAAAAGGAGCAACUUCUACAUCAAAAUCCGCCCUGGCGAGUAUGAGCAGUUUGAGAGCACCAUUGGCUUCAAGCUCCCCAACCACCGCUCUGCUAAGAGGCUCUGGAAAGUCUGCAUUGAGCACCACACCUUCUUCAGGCUGGUGUCCCCAGAGCCUCCUCCAAAAGGCUUUCUAGUGAUGGGCUCCAAGUUUCGCUACAGCGGGCGGACACAGGCGCAGACCCGCCAAGCCAGUGCCCUCAUUGAUCGGCCCGCUCCCUUCUUUGAGCGCUCCUCCAGCAAACGGUACACCAUGUCUCGCAGCCUCGAUGGAGAAUUCUCACGCCCAGCCUCUGUCAGCGAAAACCACGACGCAGGGGUGGAGUCUGAGAAGCGAGACGAGGACAGUGAGCACAGUGGGAGGAGAAGAUCUGAGGCCGAGGAUGAGGAGGUGACAACCCCAACAAAAAUCAAGGAGCUGAAGCCGGAGCAGGAAACCACCCCCAGGCACAAGCAAGAGUUUUUAGACAAACCAGAAGAUGUUUUACUAAAGCACCAGGCUAGCAUCAAUGAGCUGAAAAGGACACUGAAGGAACCCAACAGCAAGCUGGUUCACAGGGACCGGGACAGGAGGCUGCCUUCAUCACCAGCCUCUUCCUCACCCAAGCAUGAUGAUGAGUCACCAAAGGGGACCCCAGAGAAGGCCAGCGAGAGGAUGGAAGAAGAUAUCCUAGAAGAGUUUUCACCUGAGCAUGGAGCUGCCUUAACCAUGGAGUCUUUCACACAGAAAAGCCUUGUCUCUUCUCCUGAGGGUUCAGAGCAUUGGGUAUUUAUAGAGAGAGAAACUUCUAGGCUGGAAGAGCUAGAUCUAAAGGAAGCUGUUGGAAGCAAGAAGGAAGAAGCAGGUACUUCAGAGGAGGAAGUGACUGAGAGCUUACCAAAAUUGGACAUUGCAGUAGGACAAGCCAAAGAACCUUCAGUACAGACGGAACCAGCAAGCAUGGAACUGGACAUCCAUACAAGAGGCAAAAUGAUUGCUAGUCCAGAAGAUUUUGAGUCUGUGUGGGAUGAUGAAAUAUAUGAAAAAGAAACCAGAGAAGAACCUAUUUGGGAGGCUGAAAGUUUGCCAGCUGAGAAGGAAGAGAAGAAGCUCAAAGAGGAAAAAGAAGAGGUGACCACAAAAGAGCUGAAGCAGCCAGAUGGCCAUUUAGAAGAGCUCAUCAAGCAAAGCCAAAAACCUGAAGAUUCCAAACCUGAUGAAGGACAAAGUUCUGAGUUUGCUAGAUCAGAACUACCAAAGGAAAAAAGGAAGAUGUCUGUGGAGGAACCUGGGUCUAUUUCACCAGCCUCGCAUAAGGAGGAGUCCAAAAUACCUACCUCUGAGGGCAUUAAAGCCAAAGUGGAGCUUAGUGAUGACAAGACAGAGUCUUCUCCUGCACAAAGGAUCAUCUACUUAGGGUGUAUAGAAGGAGAUGAGAAGGAGAGUACAAUCCAUCUCAGAACAAAAAAGAAAGGAAAGCCUUCUUCUGAUGAAAAAGAGGGCAUGGAAAUCAAAGCAGACAUUUCUAGUGCCAAAGGAAAGAGCCCAGAGCUUGAGCCAGCAUCUGCCUCAGCAGUUACAGAAGGAAAGGACAAAUCUCAUCCUACUACCCCAGCAGAUGACCAAGGAAAGCCAGAGACCAAUGAACCAGUGACAGAAUCAGACCAGCACGAGACAGGUCUAGAACAUAAUGAUGGUGCACAGCUGGAAGGAUGUUUUACCCUAGAGGAGCAGGCAGGUUCACCAGCACGAGUGGAAAAGAAGUCUCCUGAGCCAACAGACAACGAAUCAAAAGGUAACGGUGACUCCAGUGCAUGGUCUAUAGCAGUGGAAUCGAGGGCAUGGGACCACCAAAGGCCAAUCCCAGAAUUAAAGUUUAGUUCACCAUCCAGUGAAGGCAGAGAGUCUGAGAUCUCCCAGCAGCAUGAAGAAAAGGACAGGGCAACACAGUGCUUUAUCAUGGGAGAAAGCCUGAAAGGGUCAGAAAAGCAGGAUAGAGGUGGCCUGAUGUUGAAAGGGGAAGUGAUUUGCAUAAACUCAGGAAUUGAAGUAGAAACAGGCGAGCUAGAUGAAUCAGAAACAUCCAAAAUGUUUCUUCAGAUGGAAGCUAUUGAAAUUAAAGUUACCCCUGUAGAGGUCCCAGAGCAGGCCCUUCUCAGUGCCGCAGAACUGGAGGACCAGGAAGCAAGGGCCCUCGCUGCAGAAGAGCCGCCUCAAGACACAGGCCCUGUGGUGGGAGAACUGCCACAAGAUAAAAGCUCUAUAGCAGAAGAUCUAACCCAUGACAAAGGCCCCAUGGUGCAAGAGCCAUUCCAAGACACAAGCCCAGUGGCCACAGAGCUGCCUCAAGUAAAAAGUUCCCAGGUGGAGGAGCUGCCUCAAGACAAAGGCCCCCAGGCAGGGGAGCUGCCUGAAGACAAAAGCCCAAUGGCAGGAGAGCCACCUCAAGACAAAGGCCCCCAGGCAGGGGAGCUGCCUGAAGACAAAAGCCCAAUGGCAGGAGAGCCACCUCAAGACAAAAGCCCAAUGGCAGGAGAGCCACCUCAAGACAAAGGGCCCGUGGCAGGAGAACCGCCUCAAGACAAAGGCCCCCAGGCAGGAGAACCGCCUCAAGACAAAGGCCCCCAGGCAGGAGAACCGCCUCAAGACAAAGGGCCCGUGGCGGGAGAACCGCCUCAAGACAAAGGCCCCCAGGCAGGAGAACCGCCUCAAGACAAAGGCCCCGUGGCGGGAGAACCGCCUCAAGACAAAGGCCCCGUGGCGGGAGAACCGCCUCAAGACAAAGGCCCCGUGGCGGGAGAACCGCCUCAAGACAAAGGCCCCGUGGCGGGAGAACCGCCUCAAGACAAAGGCCCCGUGGCGGGAGAACCGCCUCAAGACAAAGGGCCCGUGGCGGGAGAACCGCCUCAAGACAAAGGCCCCGUGGCGGGAGAACCGCCUCAAGACAAAGGCCCCGUGGCAGGAGAACCGCCUCAAGACAAAGGGCCCCAGGUGGGAAAACCACCUCAAGACAAAGGGCCCCUGGCGGGAGAACCACCCCAAGACAAAACCCCCCAAGCAGGAGAGCCACCUCAACACAAAGGCCCCAUGGCGGAAGAGCCGCCUCAACACAGAGGCCUCCAGGUGGGAGAGCCUCCCCAAGACAAAUGCCCUCAGGUUGGAGAGCUGCCUGAGAUUAAAGGCAUGCCAGGAGAGCCACCUCAAGACAAAACUCCCAUGGCUGGAGAGCUGCCCCAAAGCAAAGGCCCUGUGGCAGAAGAACUGCCCAAGCCACCUCAGGACAAAGGCCCCAUGGCAGGAGAACCACCUCAAGAUAUAGGCCCCAAGGAGGGAGAGGCACUUCAAGACAAAAGCCCCCAGGUGGCAGAGCCACCCCAAAGUAAAAGCCCUAUGGUAGGAGAGCUACCCCAAAACAAAGACCCCAUGGCUGGAGAGCUGCCUCAAGACAAAAGCCCCCAGGUAGAAGAGCCUCCUCAAGACAAAGUCCUCAUGGCAGGAGAAAAACCUCAAGUUAAAGGCUUGGUGACAGGAAAACUGCCCCAAGAGAAAGGCCCCGUGGCUGAAGAGCUGCCCCAAAGCAAAGGUCCCACGGCAAGAGAACCGCCUGAGCCCCCUCAGGACAAAGGCCCCAUGGCAGCAGAAGUGCCUCAAUUCAUAGGCCCCAAGGUGAGAGAGCUAUCCCCUGGGAAUGGUCCUGCUCCAGGACAAGCAACCCAGGUUAAAACAUCCUUGGAAGAAACAGACACUGUUCCUGCCCACCCUCACCCACUGCAGGGAAAUGAAGAAUUGCCCGGGCCUGUUAGUUCUACAGCUGGAGUUGGCAAAGACCCACAAACUACCAGUAGGAAACAGAAACCUGAGUCUGGGUCUGUGAAGUCUAUGGUCAGGGCUGUGGAAGCCAUGAGUCAAGAAGAAGCUCCCAUGGAGCUAGCUUUGCCUGAACUCCCAGCUGGCUGGCAUACCUCACUGGGCAGGGGCAGCGAGACAUAUGAGCAGACGUCGGUGGCUUCUAAAAUUAAGAUGUUUGAGCAAGGCGAAGCUUGCUGCUCAGACUUUGGUGAGCGAAGGGCAGCCCAAGCAGGACUACAAGCUCAUGCUCCUGAAACUGAGCCACUAUCAGGAACAGCCUGUGAUCAGCUGGUGCUGCCUCGUUACCUGGAGUCAGACAUAGGCCUUUCUCCGUGUCCCACAUUCUCAGGCACCUCAGAUGAUAGAGCCAUACACCUUGGGGAAGUGUCCAGUGUGGGAGCCUUAGCUGUCAUACAAGAAGCAGCCAGCAGAGAUCCCUCCCAGCCUCCAUCCUCAAAGGAAGACAUUUCCAUUGAUUCAGAGCAUGAAGGGGAAGAUGAUACUGGACUCGCUUCCCCUGAUUCCGGCUGUGAACUCACACUGGCAGAAGCUGUGAGCAAAUCUCAGGAACCAUCUUGGGAAGAAAAGGAUUUAUCUGGCCCAUCUAUAAAAGCCACCCCGAGAGAAGAGAGUUUAAAGACUGCUGUUCCAGUGGUCUCCCAGAGAGCAGGAUUGAGGGAGGGUGCAGACGAGAAAGCUAAGCCACCUCGGCACAAGGCUCCUGAAAGUGACACCGGGGACGAGGAGCAGGACCAGGAGAAGGAUUCAGUCUUCUUGAAGGACAACCAUCUGGCCAUCGAGCGUAAGUGCUCAAGCAUUACCGUCAGCUCGACAUCCAGUCUGGAAGCAGAGGUGGACUUUACAGUUAUCAGUGACUUCCAUGGCACAGCCUUUGAAGACAUCUCCAGAAGUCUGCCUGAGCUGGAUAGAGAUAAGAGUGAGACAGAAGCUGAAGGUUCAAUUUCCUCUCAGGAUGCUGACAAAAUAGCUCCUGGCCAGGAAGAAAGUGCCAAGGAAGGGGAGAAGGUCUUCUACCAUGUGUCAGAAGUGUCCCAUUUUGAGUCAACAGUUUUGAAAACAGAAGCUGUGGCUGUCAGCCCUGUAUCUGGUGUGAAGAAGGCAGAACCAGAGACCUCUCUGCAACAGAGGUUCACAUCAGUGGAAACAACACAGGCUGAAGGAGGCACCACAGGAGGAAAAGAGACAAUAGCCACUUCCCACACUGUCACCACAGAAACCAUAUCAACAACCUCAGAUCCAAGCACCAAGUUGGGGAAGGGAACUGGCCCCACAACAGAACUUCGUUCCAUAUCUCCGAUCACCAGCACCACUGCUGGAAAAGAAGGUCUUACCAGCAUAUUCGGUGCUACGGCAGAAACCCUCUCGACUUCCACCACUACCCAUGUUACGAAGACUGUGAAAGGAGGGUUUUCAGAAACCAGAAUAGAGAAGCGGAUCAUUAUUACGGGAGAUGAAGACGUGGAUCAAGACCAGGCAUUAGCUUUGGCAAUCAAAGAGGCCAAACUGCAGCACCCUGACAUGCUGGUAACCAAAGCUGUGGUAUAUAGAGAAACAGAGCCUUCACCAGAGGAAAGGGACAAGAAGCCUCAGGAAUCUUGACCUCCACGUUCACCGACAUUGGCAUCUCUAUUCAAACAAAGCUGGAGAACAGUGAAGAAGGGGCCUUCAUGCUGGAUUUGUCAACAAGACAGACAUCCUGGCUGCAACCUUAAUGGCGAGAGACAAAAAAAAAAAAAAAAAAGGAAUAGCGAAUAUAUAUUAUAUAUAUAUAUAUAUAUAAAUAUAUAUAUACACACACACAAGAAACAAAACGCAUCCUUGCACUGCUGCUAUAUGCUGGAGAUGAGAUGAAUUACAAACAGCAACAUCAAUAACAGCAAAACCAACCGCCUCUUUUAGCCUUUGCGGAGAAAGUGAUGAAUUUGACUGGACUGAUAAGAAAAAUCAUGAUAAUAAUAAUCUUAUUAAUACAACAAACCGCCAUUUUGCAUGUUCCAUUUAAAGGAUACACAGAUCAUGGGGUCAUUUGUUGCACACUGAAUGGAAAGGAAAGAUGCUUUGCAACAAAGCAAGAAACAAACAAACAAACAAAAGAAACCAAGCGGAAACAAAACUAUUCCCCACCUAAGGAAAGAAGAGAGAGAACCAUUGAACUGUUUUGAUUCUUUCAUGAUUAUUUUUUGCAUUUGGGAUGUGUGGCAACCACCUCUCUUCCCCAUUCCAUGCUGGUUCUAUUGCAUCAUUUUUCAGUUGUUAUGCUCCUCCCCAACCUCCCUUCCCUUUCCUCUGUCCCUUUAUCCGAGCUCUUUUUCCGAAGGUAUUUAAGAAUGGAUCUAAUUUGAAACAAAACAAAAACAAAUAUAUGUAUAUGGUUUUUCAUUUAUAAAGAUGCAGCCUGUAAGGGUUUCAUAUGGAUGUGCUUUUAAGUUAUGUAUAUUAUAUAUAACAAGGGGGGUGGGGAACUGAGGGGUGGGAAACAAUAUUAAAAUAAUUAAACAGUGCUGGUAAAUAUGAUGAUGACAUUUUUAAGUUAUAAUUAUUUGAUUGACUGUGGUUGAUGUAUUACAAGAAUCUUAGAUCACACUGACAUCCCGCAGGAAGAGGAUGGGGAACAUUUCAUUAACCACUGCUCGCUGUGGGGUGGAGAGGAAUGUUGCAUUUGUCACUGAGUGAUCAGCUCUGUGGCAGGAGGAAUUGAUGUAGUGAUACAGUAUAUGUUUGUAAUUGGUUGGUUGGUGACAAAGGAGUUCUUGGUAAUGUAAAGAGGCGAGGGCCUGGGAAAGAAGGAAUGGACAGUUAUAACCACAGCCCAGUUAGCAUCACCAAAAUGCACCAGUCAGCAAUGUCUCACCAGCCCCCCCAACAAAAAGAUGCUUCCCACCUUUAGGAGUCCUUGACACCCCCCCCGAUCUGGAGUCCCCACAGCAGUAGAGAGAUCAUGUCAUACUCCUCAGCGAUGUCUUAAAAACCAGGACCAAAGUCUGAGUUACAGAUCCAUUCCCACACCCUACACCUACUGAAGCAGGACACUUGCAUAGCUGCAUUUCUGAACCCUGGUCUUGAUCUAGCUCAAGUGAAGUUGAAGUGGUGUGUUUCAGAUAAGCAAGAGGGUAUUUCUGCUCUGCUUGGCUUUGAAGCAGGCUGCACACCUGGUUUCUGCUAAGGUGACCAUAGGCGUUAUGACAGCUCUCAUGAGGGGAGCUGAUACACAGCAAUCUCCAUCCUUUACCUCUUUGGUACUGUUCUACCACAGCCUUGCCUAGAGUAUACUCCUAUCUGCUGGCAGUUGAGAAGGUGACUGUGUGUUACAAAGAUGUGUGAGUGCAAAGCUUAGUAGAUUAGCAAGGCUGAGUAGCCUUGUCCAGUCAGCCAACACUGAGAGGCAGUUGCUGAUGAUGCACCAGUGUCCAGUGAGGCUGCUUUCCUCUCUAUUGGUCAGACUUUUGCACCUAGAUGAAGGUUUCCAUCACUGGUACACUUGGAAUGGGGAUUAUGGGUGCCAGCUCAAGCCUCAUAUACUGUCAACCAAGCAGUUAGGGCAAACUCAGAACCAAAAAAAACAACAAAACAAAAAAAAAUCAACUGAUUUCCAGAGAAAUUGUCCCAAGCUCCUCAAGUUACAGAAGGGCCCAUAAAUAUUGCACCAUUUUUGCCUUUUUUCACAGACCACAAACAUAAAGAGACCUUACACCAGGUAGAAAACUCUUCUAAAUGAUUCUUGUGAUGGGAUCAGAGGGUUGUAUUGAAAAGGGAUCAGUAGAAUAAUUAGGAUUAAGUGGACGUACCCAUCUGAUCAAUCUGCUGCCACAGCAGAGAACUUCGGGCCUCUGGUGGAUCUUGGUCCUUCCAUUUGCCUUCUACUAUGUCCCCACAAAGUCUGUUCUCCUUUUGGCACAUCAGUUUCUCCCAUAAGCAUUAAUGGCAUGAGCACAGCCUCCCUGAUAAAAGAAUUGAUUCCUUUGCUUCUGCCAACAAAGUUUGUGUCAGAUUUCCAAUGAAUCCAAAUGUGUAUUUUUUCUCCCAGGAUUCUCCACCUUAUCACCCGAUGCUGCUUUAGGGAACUGUGCCCACCAACAUCAAAAAGAGACUGAGCCUUUGCACAGCAACCCACAUGUGAACUAGCUACAUAAAGCACUUGUGCUUUUGGGAAGAGAAGCCAAACUCCAGGAGAUCUGUUCCCACAGCUGUGCAAAAUAUUAGGCAUGUUUCUCCCAUUGGCAUGCUAGGGUGUGUCCCAGCGCAAUAGUUUUUUUCAAUACAUCCUGCAUUUCAAACCAAAGAGCAGCUGGUGCAAACUUGAGACCACUGACUUUUGAAUAAGAGGCUACUCAAACUCUUCGUGCCUGAUUCUGGUCUCUCAUGAUGGUUUAAAAUUUGGAGCAACUUCAUGAGCAUCAGUGGAGUUACACUGCUGUAAAACCUAAGUAGGAGAAUUGCACUCAGCCCCUACAUGUUCAGAUUUUUAAAACUGAAUCCAGUUCUCUGGAUUCUUCAACCCAACGUAUCUGAUGGGUGACAAUGAAAAAAGUGGGGGAAAAAAGUGGAGUCUUUUGCUCACCUGGCAAAGUAUGGAUUUUAUAUAUACAGAAUAUUUAUUCUUUGUGAUCAUAUUUGAAGCCAGGUGCCCCUUGAAAGUUUUGGCUUUCUUCUGCCUUGUUCAUUACUGUUGCUGAUAUUUAAGGUAGCUGAUCACUCUUUUUCUUUCAUCUGGGGGCCUUUCCAUCGAAGGAGGUGGGAGACGUGAGUGCCUGUUCAUACCUAGUCCCACAAGUUCAUUCCAGAAUUGGCCUGCAAUUGCAUGAGUACUAAUAAUAAUAAUAAUAUUUAUUUUUAUUUGAAAAGCACCUUACCAACCAACUGCAAUGCUCUGCCAUUCCUUCACUAAUUCCCCUUUCCUCUUCCCUGGUUCCUCUUCUCUCCUCCACUCCCUUCAAUCAUAUCCCUUUCAGUGCUUGGUGAUGUAUGCGUGUGUGCUCACUGUUCUUGUAUUCAAUAAAAGUGAAAUAAAUGUGUUUGAUGCUGAA